AUGUCAGAAAUUAAUCCUAACGAUGUGGAUGAAUUAGCGCACGCCAUUGCUGGAUCUUUGGGUGGUGCAGCUUCAAUCGCAGUGACCUACCCUUUAGUCACCAUCACCACUAACCUUCAAACGAAGGAAAACGAGGCGAGACCUAAGCUAGAGACUAUCAAGGAGAUCUAUAACAAGAAUGGUAUCAUUGGAUACUUUUUAGGUUUGGAAAGUGCUGUCUACGGGAUGGCUACGACUAAUUUCGUUUAUUACUAUUUCUACGAAUGGUGCGCAAAGACUGCAAGAACAUUGACAACGAAACAGUACUUAAGUACUUGGGAGUCGAUCCUGGCCAGUACCAUUGCUGGUUCGAUGACUGCUGUUGCCAGUAAUCCAAUUUGGGUUGCUAACACCAGAAUGACAGUUGCUAAGAGCAACCAUUCGACCUUAAGAACAGUCAUAGACAUUGUGAAGACAGAUGGUCCAUUGACUCUUCUCAAUGGGUUGAAGCCUGCUUUAGUUCUUGUUUCAAACCCUAUCAUUCAGUAUACUGUCUACGAGCAAUUGAAGAACCUUGUUUUGAGACUACAAAGGAAAAAAGUCUUGAGUCCAAGUUGGGCAUUCUUGUUGGGGGCCAUAGGUAAAUUAGCAGCUACAGGAACCACGUAUCCCUAUAUCACAUUAAAGACUAGAAUGCAUUUGAUGCAGAACGAUCCAAAACAUCAAAAAUCGAUGUGGUCGUUGAUUGUCGAAAUUGUGAAAAAAGAUGGGGUCUCCGGACUUUAUAAUGGUGUUGCUGUUAAGUUGGUUCAAAGUAUCAUGACAGCAGCAUUUUUAUUCUUCUUCAAGGAAGGUUUCAUUCAAUGGUCUUUGAAAUUUAUCAAACUUCUGCGUUCAGUCACCAAAAGUAACAAGAAGAACACUUUGUCUAUCUAA